UGGCGUUCUACAUUAGGAAUUUUAUUUAUUCCUGAUUCUACAAUUGCCAGCUUGUUUACUAAUAUUAAUAAUAGUAUUUAAAUAAGUUGACGAUUGGUUUUACAAGUGAUGAACAUAAGUAAGAUCUUUUUUCACAUUUGAGCUGCAAUUGUGCUAAGCAAUAAUGACUUACAUGAGCCUAAACCACUAUUUACAAGUGAUAGAACGAGCAUGGAGAGACCAGAACGGCGAAAAAGUCGCCUCCUUUCUGUCACUGCGUCACGAACAUUCUUCAUUCCCGUCAUACCAGCAAGAAAGUCCCGAAGGCAUUGUUGAAAGGUUUCUCCCCAACCCUAUCGACGAAUUAGUGAUUUUACAUUUGAAAUGCUUGUAUUAUAUUUCAAAGAACGAUUUCAUGGAGGCGUACCAACAACAGAGUACUAUGACCCAGGUUCUAGUCAAGAUUCUGCAGGCUCAGAAAAAUGAAAACUGGUCUCUGCCAAUUAUGUACACAAUUUGUUUGGAUUUAAGACUGAUGGCUCAACAGGCGGAGAAACAAAGAUCCAUUACCACUAAUAAACCUGGAGAAAUUUUGGGAAAAGCUGCCGAAUGUUUGAUGGGUUGUUUCAGAGUGUGUGCAGCUGAUAACAGAUCUGGGGAUCAGGACACCAAAAAAAUAGGAAUGUUGGCACUCGUCAAUCAACUGUUUAAAGUUUACUUUCAUAUUAAUAAGCUGCAUCUGUGCAAACCACUAAUUAGGGCUAUAGAUUCUUCACCUUUUAAAGAUUCGUUUUCGUUAAGUCAGCAGAUUACAUACAAGUAUUUUGUUGGUAGAAAAGCUAUGUUUGACAGUGAUUAUAAAACAGCAGACAAUUAUUUAACUUAUGCUUUUGAAAACUGCCACAAGUCAAGCAAAAGGAACAAGAGGUUGAUUUUGAUUUAUUUAGUGCCAGUUAAAAUGUUACUAGGUUACAUACCAAGUAAAAGUGUUUUGGAAAAAUAUGAUGUUGUGGAAUUUUGGGAAUUGGUAGAAGCUGUUGUACAAGGGAAUCUCAAGAAAUUUGAUGACAUUCUAUAUUUCCACAGAAGCUUCUUUGUCAAAUAUGGAAUAUAUAUUAUUGUAGACAAACUUAAAAUUAUCGCUUAUAGAAACUUGUUCAGAAAAAUAUAUUUAAUGUUAAAUUCACAUCAAAUUCCUGUUGAAGCGUUCCAAGCUGCGUUAGUUCAUUUGGGACAAACCGACGUAGAUUUGGACGAAACCGAAUGUAUUGUCGCAAAUUUGAUUUAUGAAAACAAGAUCAAAGGGUACAUUUCACAUCAGCAUAAAAAAAUUGUUGUUAGCAAGCAAAUGCCCUUCCCUGCCUUAAGUAGUUUGUCAUAAUGUAUAAAAUAAAUUAUUUUUAUUAA